AUGAAAUACUCAAGAUUAUUUCUAUCAAUACAGACACUCAUUUCAUUAAAAUUGGAAUUUUGUGAUAUUGACAAUGAUUCGGCACGCCAUUUAGCAACCGCCUUAAAAACUAAUACAACAUUAAUUGAAUUAGAAAUCUUUAAUAAUCGUACUGGUACUGCUAUUGAUAAUGUAUUCAUGGAUUAUUUACUCGAUAUUUUCGAACAGAAUUCAACAUUAACUGAUCUGGAUGUUAGCUCGAAUGAAUUUAGUAUUAGAGGUGUUAAAUUUUUAACUAAUGCAUUAAAAUUGAAUAAAACACUGACUACAUUAAAUUUAGGAAAUAAUCAAAUAGGUGAUAAUGGUAUAGAUUAUUUAUCUGCUGCACUAAAAGAAAAUGAGGUCACACUUAUCAAUCUGAAUCUGUCUCGAAACCAAUUUGGGGAUAAAGGAGCUCAACAUUUAGCAGAUUUAGUAAAAGAAAACAAAAAGCUUAUUGAAUUGAAUCUUGAAUGGAAUAAUAUUACUCAUCAAGGUCGUUCUGAUCUGAUAUAUGCUCUUCAAUACAAUGAAACAUUGAUGCAAUUAUAUUAUUCUGUUAAUCUGAAUGAUCGUAUUGUUUUAAAACAACCUUUAAUCAAUUCAAUACGUCAAAUGAAAACACUUACCACAUUGGAUCUAAGUAACUGUCAAAUCUCUGAUCUACUGAUGGAACCAUUCGCUAUUGCCAUGAAAAAUAAUUCUACACUAAUCGAUUUAAAUCUUCAAGCAAAUGAGAUCGGUGAUACAGGUGCCAAGGAGUUAAGCAAUAUAUUAAAAGAGAAUGAAACACUUCAAAUACUAAAUCUUCAAAAUAAUCGAAUCUAUAAUGACGGUGCGAGAUAUUUAGCUGAUGCAUUAAAAACUAAUACAACACUUAUUACACUGAAUCUUUCAGAUAAUAAGAUUCUUGAAGAAGGAGAAUAUCAUUUAUUGAAUAUGGCAUUAUUUAAUAUAACAUUGAAAACAUUGUAUGUCAAUAAUGAUAAAAAUCUUAUUGAACUAUCAACAUUCUUAAUCAAUACAAUAAAUCAAAUGAAAACAUCCACAAGCAUCGAUCUCAGUAACAAAUCACUUCGUAAUCCAGAGAUACGAAUUUUAGCAAAUGUAUUACAAUCUAAUACUAUACUUACUACACUUGAUCUUCAUCAUAAUGAAAUUGAUAAUGGUAGUGCAGAGUAUUUAGCUGAUAUUAUGAAAAAGAAUAUAACACUUAUUACAUUAAAUCUUCGACAUAAUAAGAUUAAUUCUGAUGGUGUAUUUCACCUUUGCCAUGCAUUGGACAAAAACAAAACAAUCACUAUGAUUAAUUUACAAAAUAAUUUCAUUACAGAUCAAGGUGCUAAUCGUUUAAAUUUUGUUUUAAUAUUUAAUAAAACCAUAAAAAUAUUAGAUUUGAAAGGAAAUCAUAUUUCAGUAAAACUGGCAAACCGUAUUGCAAAUUCUAUACAAGAAGCUUCAAUAAUAAAUUUCGAAAGAGAUACUAUUAAUGAUCAAGAAUUACAAGAAUUGAUUGAUUCACUACAAAACAAUAUGACACAAACUACAUGGAAUCUUCAAAACAAAAGACUUGAUGGUCGAGCCAUACGUAUUAUAACAAAAUCACUUUACAACAACACAAAAGUUACAACAUUAGAUUUAUCAUACAAUACAAUUGCGAAUAACAGUGGACGAAUGUUUACGUCUAUACUGUCACAUAAUAAUACACUUCUGACAAUUAAUCUCCAAUAUAAUAGAAUGAAGGAUGCUGUAGCUAAACGUUUUGCAAAAGCUUUAGAACGAAAUACAACAUUAAUCAAUCUGGAUAUUGGAGGAAAUUAUAUUACUGGUAGAGGGGCUCGAAGUUUGGCUAAAGCUUUACGAAAAAAUCGAACACUUAAAUGUUUAAAUCUGCAAAAUAAUCUAAUUGAUAUAAAAGGUGUACAAAGUUUUGCCAAUGUAUUAAGAGAAAAUCAAGUGAAGUCAAUAUUUUGA